AGUCCAGUGACUACAUCAGCAUUUUAUUAAUUUACUGAACAAAUCCUUGGUAUUGUCGGUCUUGGAGCUCAUUUUGAGAUGCAUAAUCUGGUAUUUAAGGUUGAAGGUUUCAGAUCAGAUGUGGAAAGAUGUUGGCUGUGGACACAGGAGUUGUGGAGGAGUGGUUAUCAGAGUUCAAGACCCUUCCAGAAGCUUCUAUCUCUAACUAUGCUACAAAUUUGAAAGACAAGAGUUCUCUGGUUUCAUCUUUAUACAAAGUUAUCCGGGAGCCACAGAGUGAGCUACUAGAGCCAGUUUGCCACCAGCUUUUUGAGUUCUAUCGCAGUGGAGAGGAACGACUACUACGAUUCACCCUGCAGUUUCUGCCAGAAUUGAUGUGGUGUUACCUGGCAGUCUCAGCCAGCAGAGAUCUGCAGAGCAGUGGCUGCAUAGAGGCUCUUCUCCUAGGAGUUUACAACUUGGAAAUAGUUGACAAACAGGGGCAUAGUAAAGUGCUGAGUUUCACAAUUCCAUCCUUGUCCAAACCUUCAGUGUAUCAUGAACCUUCCAGCAUUGGUUCCAUGGCUCUUACAGAGGGAGCUUUAUCCCAGCAUGGUUUGUCCAGAGUCGUGUACAGUGGACCUCAUCCUCAAAGAGAGAUGUUAACAGCACAAAACAGGUUUGAAGUGCUCACAUUCCUCCUGCUGUGUUAUAAUGCUGCCUUAAGCUACAUGCCUGCAGUUUCUCUUCAAUCAUUGUGUCAAAUUUGCUCAAGAAUCUGUGUCUGUGGAUAUCCUCGGCAACAAGUAAGAAAAUACAAAGGAGUAAAUAGCAGGAUUCCAGUUUCUUCUGAAUUCAUGGUGCAAAUGCUAACUGGGAUUUACUAUGCCUUUUAUAAUGGAGAAUGGGAUCUAGCUCGUAAAGCAAUGGAUGACAUUUUAUAUAGAGCUCAGCUGGAGUUGUAUCCAGAACCACUGCUGGUUGCUAAUGCAAUAAAGGCCUCACUGCCUCAAGGUGCCAUGAAAUCUAGUAAAGAAGGUACAAGAUGCAUUCAGGUUGAAAUUACCCCCACUUCAUCUAGAAUAUCAAGAAAUGCUGUGACUAGUAUGUCCAUCAGAGGGCAUAGGUGGAAGAGACAUGAUAAUACUGAUGUAGCAAUUCCAGAAGAACUGAUAGAAGUAUCUGAGGUUGAUGAAGGGUUUUACUCUAGAGCUACUUCUAGCACAAGCCAAUCUGCCUUAUCAAACAGCAACACCAGCAACAAGAUCCUUUUAGGGAAGAGCCAACGAAGGUCUGGAGGAAGCAAAGUUGGGGGGAAAGAAAGAGAAGCUUCUGGGGAAUCCUGCAAAGAAGACUUUUCUCGAAAACAAACUCAAAGAGCCAUGAGUGAGAAUUUAGAUCUUCUAUCUUUAAAGAGACUGACAUUAACUACUAGUCAAUCCCUGCCUAAGCCUGGCAGUCAUAGUUUGGCUAGAACUACCACUACUGCUUUUAGUAAAUCAUUUGAGCAGGUCAGCGGUAUCACAGUUCCAAAUAACCGUAGUGGUGGAAAUGGUACUGAAGCAAAUAGGUUUUCAGCAUGUAGUCUUCAAGAGGAAAAAUUGAUAUCUGGAGCAGAAAGAAUAGAUCUUCCCAUUUCAAACAAACAAUCAAAUCAGCAGCGACCUCCUAGCAUCAGCAUAACACUGUCAACAGAUUGAUGUCUGACAAAUUGCCUAGUAUGAAAAAGGAAUCUGGAGAUUCUGUUGAUAGUGUGCUCCCCAUCUUCCCUUUUUAAAAUCUAACCCUCCAAAUUCUUGAUACCGUUGGAGUUUGGCUUGCAUUUGACAGUGUGUUUAGAUUACAAUUUUUAACUAUUUUGCAUUGUUUCAACUGUUAUUAAUAGCCUAGAGGGUUUUUUUUUCCUUAGGUGGUUUGAUUUUACACUUACACUUCCUAUUAUUUACAUCCCCCUAUUGUUAACAAACAUUGGCAGGCUCUGUUUAGCCAUGCUGGCAGAGUGUGUAUGUGUGUUGUAAAUUAUAGACUGCAGAGCAAAGGGAUCCUCUUUCUCAGGAUGUAGCUGUUCAGUCACUGAUGCAAAGCAGUUACUUAAGUUUUCUAUUAGAAGGGGUUUGUGACUCAGGAAUGAAAUUGUGUGACAUUGCAAUAGAUCCAUACAAUAAAAUCACAGCAUCGCAGACCAUGCCAGAGAAAAUGUGUUGAUGUGAGAGAUGUACUUUGUUAUAGGCCUACAGCUAGAAGUACCAGUUCAGUGUUCCAUGUUAGAUGGAAACUUUCAUAACAGUGGGAAAUCUUUGCAUGCACCUGACUCAAUUCACAAACUCCAAUAUGUUUGCACACCACUUGAGUCGCAUAUUCCUGUAAGUAUAUGGGUAUAUGCAAACUGAGAUUUUGUGUACGAUAGGUCUCUCUAAACGCUUGGUUGAAAACUUGGCUCCAAAAGUCAUACAAUGGCAGAUCAAACUUCUGCUGGGGACAGGAGUUUUCUGUGAUGAAAAUGCCAUAAUACUCAGAAAAGUGACUAAAAAUGUCACUAGUUGGGUUCCAUGUUUGAUUCUGAGUUACCAGAUAUGUUCAGUUCAAAAGCCACAAAGGCUUAUGCUCCAAUACAUCUGUUAGUCUAUAAGGUGCCACAUAAUUGCUUCAUAAUUAUAGUAUCAGUAUGUUUACGCUGAUUUUGACACCUGUUAUAUUGAAUCAAGCACAUCAUUUUAAUGGAAUAAUGUAUUUAAAGAUAAGGCUUGUUCUUGAAUGAGACUAGGAGACUAUUACAAAAGGACACGUACAAAUUAAGAAUCUUGCAAGCACAAAGGGGAAAUUAUACUGUAACUGAUUUAUAACUAAUUUCAUUUAUGUUGUAACUUAAUGUUGUUGUAACUUUCAUUUAUGUUGUAACUUGUAACUCACGCCAUCAUUAUUUUGCUAGUUUUAAACUACAAAAUAUCAACAUUCUUUACAGUUACUAUAGUAGUGUUUUAAAAAAUCUUAUUAGCUGAGAUUAUAGCUUUAACAAUGCUUAUUGAUUGCAAGCUACACACAAAUGGGGAGAAGAGAAGCUGGCAAUAACCACUCCUUGAAAAGAGAGGGAGUGUUUUACAUAGUAUAACUGUGUGGUCUUUUCUCAGGGGAAGUGGAGAAAGUAAAAUGGAGGUCUAAUGUAUAUCCAUUCAUGAGUAUUCAGAUCUCUGUGGUGAGGUUCCUUUUAUAGACCAAAAAUGUCAAAGGACCUCAUGACACAGAGCAAGGACUAAAGCUUUUUUAGACUUUCCCUAGUUUAGUUUUUGCCUUGAGAUCCAUUCUUGAUUUAACUGAAAACUAAAGCACAAAUAAAUUUAAACAAGCUCUCGUACACUCUCUGCAGCCUCUUAACCACCUUUCAGAGUGGGGUGACAAUGCUGUGUUAAAUUUUGUUAAUUUCCAGCCAUUGCAUAUUUAUAGCAUCCAAACCACAGGCAGUGGAAGAGUAUUGGGGAGCUGGUAAAAGGUAUUACUAGGUAAUGUCUACAUAAUAGACAUUCUGCAUUUAACAUAACUUGAAAUUCCUCCUGGGAGGCCAAGAAGGGAUGUCCACUAGAGUUUCGCACAAGAUCCUUUCCUAGCUCUCACUAAGCAGAACACACAGCCUUCCUCUGAUUUCCUAGCUGUAGGGUAAUACAAUUUUAAAAUUCUUUUACUUGAACUAAACCUUUAAGUUGACUUAUAACUUAUUGAUUUAAACUGUAAUUCCAGUAAACCUUUUACCAUGACAGUAUUAAGCAUGGAUUAGCUUUAAGAACAAAUUAGUAUUUUAAGUCCUUUCUUUUCUAGAGAAAUUGUGAUUUAUUUAUUUUUAAUUGUCUCCAUAGUAGUUAAACCCCCUUUUUGAUUCAAUAGUGGUAGAAAAGAUGUUUCUGUACUGGAAGAUCCAGCCAUUUAAGUUUGAAGCUACAGAGUAACAGAAUUAACCCUCUCUUUUAGAGGUGUAUUUAAAAUGCCAGGGAUACAAAUGAGUAACUUUAAUGUUUACAAAGCUGCCACUUGACUAUUCUCCAAACUACAAAUCAGAAGGUAUUUUUUAAAAGGGUAAGCUGUUUUUAUCUUGCACGUUUAAUCAUUUUACCUUUGGCUGUUGGUUUUUGUUUCUUCCUGGGCUUAAAUAAAUGUUAAAACAAAAUGAUAAAACCCACAUUCCUCUUAUACAAUAGAAUUUAUAUGAGGUUUUAUGGUUUUCAAGUAAAUGUGAUUUAAAGGGAAGAUUUCUUAAUACUAAAGGGCUACUGCUUCUACUUACACAUGCAGCUUUAUGUACAUAAGUCUUUAUAAGCCUAUCUAUAUGGUUGAUUCAUUGAGUUCAUUUUGUGUAACUGCCACAACCUAGGUCUUGGCAAUACUAAAAUUUUACUCUAACAACCUUUUUAUAACCAUAAGUAUUUAAACGUAUAGCUAUUUAAACAAUUGCAGGAAAGUUUUAGGAAUAAGUUUGUUUAGCUUCGUGUCUGAGACUGUCCAAAUACCCAUCAAGACUUCUACUUGGAGACAGUAUUAAAUGGUGGAUCUCGAGAGUUUUUAAAUUUUAUAUUAAUCAAAUUUGCAUUGAGAAUAUAAGUUUUUUUUUCUUUUUUUAAAGUAAAUGUUGUUGUAGUCUUAAGAAAUUACAGCUUAUACUGUACAAUGGUAGUUAAUUUUGAAUGAAUACAUUUCAGGGGUUACCACCAUUUAAUACACCUCUACCCUGACAGAACACUGUCCUUAGGAGCCAAAAAAUCUUACUGCAUUAUAGGUGAAACCACGUUAUAUUGAACUUGCUUUGAUCUGCCUGAGUGCGCAGUUCCGCCCCCCUGGAGCAUUGCUUUACCGCGUUAUAGCCGAAUUCCUGUUAUAUCGGGGUAGAGGUGUAUAAUAAUCUGCAGAAGAAAAAAAAUCUCCAUUUAAAAACAAAAAGCUCAAAUAAGUGGUACUAAAGAAAAAAAGUAGCUAAUGCCUUACACUUAGGUUUGAACUCCAUUUCAUUAUAUCAAAGGGAAAUGUUUUCAGUGCUGCAUUAACACAGCAAAAUCUACCAUCAAAAUAUUUGAUUACCUAAAGAUUAACAGUGAACAACUAUUUCCUGUUGUUUAGAACUAGGACUCUUUUGUGCAAAGAUUGCAUACAUUUUAACCACUUUGUGUAGCUAUGUUCUGUAGUGAUUUUUUUUUUUUUAGAAAUUGUUGACAUUUAUGAAAGGUUAUUGGAGUUUAUAUUGCUAGAAAAAGUAAUACUUUUUAAAAAAAAAAACACCUUUCUAGAGAUAACCAGGCUCCUUUUGAUUAGCAUAAGGAUUUUACAAGUUUAGUAAUUAUGUCAAAUAUUUCUUUUAGUCAAAGUUUAAUUUUUGAGGUUUAAAAUGCUGUAUAUAGAUGUGUAACAUACUGGAUUUUGUAUCUGUGUAACUCCAUUUCUAAAAGACUGCAACAAUGGACUAGAUGUAUAUUUUUAGUAACACAGGUCUAUGGAAUAACUGCAUCAGUUCGCAGGUGUUCUCAGUCUUAACUUGAAAGCCUACGUUUAAAUGAAAGUGCCACACUCUCAUAUUUUUAAUGUUUUGCAUAGUUUGUGUGAUUAUUUUUCUGUCUUAUAUUUUGGUAAUGCAGUGUUUCACUUUUUAUGUAGUAAAAUGUUUUAAAUUGUACUCUAGAGUUAAUCUUCCUAAAGUAUAAACCAUGAAUUUGCAUUGUUUUGUGUUUAAUAUUUUUGUGGCCAUUGGAAUAAACAAACUGGAGUUUUGUUUUUCAA